AUGCCGACCAUUGACCCUGCGGAGCCGCGCCCGCCCCCCCUCAGCGUCGGAAGUGCGGAGAGGCCCAGAGCCGCUGGCCUAGCUCAAACGAAAGUUAUCCCCUCCACCGUCCGCGGACAGCUGUUUGGGCUGCCGGUUCGUCGGGAGUUCAUCGAGAGUCCAGGCAACGUUGAGCUCGGAACAUGUAGAUAG